AUGGUAUUAUUUAGAUAUUCAUUAGAACUUUGUUCUCGAUAUCGUUUAUUAUCUCAACAAAUUCGAUUUCUACAUCGAUCAGCAUAUCUUUUAGCACGUGGUAUUCGUCAUUCUGUUGAACAUCCACCAAUAUCAACAUCAUCAUUUACAAAUUUGGAUCAAAAUAUAUCAAUAGAUAAUGAUGAUAAUAAUAAUAAUAAUAAUAAUCAAAUGUCUAUACAAGAACAAUUUGCUCGUCUCGAAUUACAACGACUUGAACAAGAAUCAAAACAGAUUAAAGAUGAAUCUAGUUCAUUUGUAGAUGAAGAUAAUUUAAAUCAAGAAGAAUUUGAAAAUGAAGAAAAAUUAUCACGACCAUUCAUUGAUCCAAGUACAACAAGUAUUAUUCUUUUUCCUGGUCAAGGUACACAAUUUAUUGGUAUGGGACAACAAGUUAUUAAUUAUCCAAAUGUUAAAGAAAUAGGACUAAUAACAUUGGAUGAUUGUUCAACUAAUUCUUCAAAAGCAUAUUCAAUUUCGUGUACAGCUAAUAAUGGUAAUGCCAUAAGUUGUCGACAAAUGGAAUGUACAUCAUCAUCUUCUCUAUAUAAAUCAGCAAGACCUGAACUCUGAAAAUCAACAUUCUAUGAUAUAUUAAGUGGUUAUAUUUCGACUAAAAGAUAUAAAGCUCGAAUAAUGAUUGAUGAAACAAUUGAGUUACCUAAUGGAUUUCAUAAUAUUGAAUCGCUCCGAACAGUUGUACUUCAAGAUACACAAAUGGAUUUUCGUUCUUCAAUUUAUAUAAUGAUCACUGACUCGGAAUACGAUUGUCAAUCAGUUAUUUCACGCGAAGACGAAGAAUGA